CUGGCUGAAAAAUUAUUUAUCGCUACUCAUCUCUCACUAAGUACUAAGCACUGCACUAAGCACUCACCAUUAAGCACUACGAACAAACAACUAAACAUGCCAGCUGCUGACGAUCUCGAUGAUGGUUUAUCAUAUGAUGUGGAGUUUUCUGAACCGGAAGGGAAUGAUGCUUCUAAUUCAGAAUUUGAGAAUAACGAUGAAAGUGAUAAUGAAGUCACUGCCAGUACUACAACCACUACUACUGAUGAAGUAAGUAAUGAACCAGAAUCUAAAAAGAGAAAGAAGACUACCAAUAAAUUACAAGAAAAGAAGAGAUUAAAAGUCGAAAUGGAUAUUCACCAGAAAAAGAAUUUAUCUCUUGAAUCAGAUGCUCAAGUAAUUACUGAUUAUAUCAAUAAUAAAAUCUUACGAAAGAAUUCAGAUCUUUCAGCAUUAGAAUUAUCAGAACUUUAUUUUAAAAAAUCAGAUAUACGGUCAUCAUCUGAAUUCUCCGACAAACGGAAUUUAGAUGGGUUAAGUAAAUUUAUUACUGGAAGAUUUAGUAAUAUGUUACCUGAAUCAUCUAAGAAGAAGAAUAAGAAAAGUAAGAACAAGAACAAGAACAAGAACAAGAACAAUGAAACUUCAGUAUCUAAUGAAGAAAGAAAAUUCAUUGCUAUUGUAUCAAUGUCUGCCAUUAGAGCUUGUGAUAUUCAUAGAGCUACCAAAGAUUUAAGUGGUUCAUCACUUAAAGUUAUUAAUAAAAAUAAAAUUGAAGUAGAUUUAAAAUUAUUAAAAACAACUAAUUCUCGUAUACUUUGUUGUACACCAGGACGAUUACUUAAAGUAUUAAAUAAUGAAGAUAAAGCAAUUAAACAAGAAGAAAUUAAAGUUAUAAUAGUUGAUAAUUCAUAUUUAGAUGUAAAGAGUCAAAAUAUUUGGGAUAUAAAGGAAACAACUGAUGCAUUAAAGGAAUUAACUAAUUCUGGUUCAAAAAUUUACCUCUAUUAGACUAUGUACUAUUGGUUUAUU